CUGUCUCUCGUGGAUCUGACGACGGGAGCCAAGAAAGGAGAGACUGUGUCUGAGACAGACUGGUCCAGAAAGAGAGCAUACUAGGAUGGGAUGCUGCUGACCGCCCAAGCAAGAAUUGCAAUCUCCUCUUCCUAAGAGCCUCUACUCAAACCACUCCUAGACCACGACUACCUCAUGGAAAGAGGAUCUUUUUAGGAUCUUGUUGUCAGCUGCCCAACACUUUUGCAAAGCCCAAACGAGACUUUUACCAACAAUCUGAACAAGAUAACAUUUCACUUUUGCCUCCUUUUCAUCUUCCUGGUUGUGCUCUUAGCUGUUUAUCCCUGAGUAUUGCAAGCCACAUUUAUUGCUAUUAUUUUUUGUGUACACUUUUCAAAAUGAUUGACUUAAGUUUCCUUACGGAGGAGGAACAAGAGGCCAUUAUGAAGGUUCUGCAGCGGGAUGCUGCCCUGAAGAAGGCUGAAGAGGAGAGAGUCAGACAUUUGCCUGAAAAAAUUAAGGAUGACCAGCAGCUGAAGAAUAUGAGUGGCCAAUGGUUUUAUGAAGCCAAGGCAAAAAGACACAGAGACAAAAUCCAUGGUGCAGAUAUUAUCCGAGCAUCUAUGAGGAAGAAGAGGCUCCAAGUGGCAGCUGAGCAGAGUAAAGACAGAGCAAUUGGGGCAAAGGAAAGCUGGGUGAAUAAUGUCAACAAAGAUGCUUUCCUUUCCUCAGAGGUAGCUGGUGUUGUAGAAGAGCCAGAAGAAGACACCACACCAGCAAGCCCAAGUUCCUGUGUAAUGAGUUCAGCCUCCACUGCCAUUGAUGCAUCCCAGGAAAACACAAGGGAAUCCACCGUUUCUCCAGCCAAGCAAAGGAAGAAUCCAUUUAAUAACUCUAAGUUGCCAGAAGAUCACUUAUCUCAACAAACCAAAAAUGAGCAGUCAAAAAAUGGAAGAGCUGGUUUAUUUCAGAUUUCAAAAGAGGGUGAAUUGUUCGAGUCAAAAGAAAAGCCAUUUACUCAAGAUAUUUCAAGCCAAAUGUUAGAGAAGCCAAAGCAUCCCUUGCCAGAAGGGCCUGUGAGUGGGCCUCAAGGCAAAGCUCCAAUCCCUAAAGCCAGAAAAUUGAUCUACAAAUCCAAUGGUUCUAAGCAAGAUGAUAACCAGCCUUUUCCUAGACAAAGGACAGACUCCUUGAAUGCCAAAGCAGUUCCAAGAGGGAUUCUCAAACGCAAUUCUAGCUCCAGCAGUACAGACUCAGAAACUCUUCGCCUAAAUCACACAUUUGAACCUCGAACCAAAAUUGUGUCACCUGGCUUAACCAUCCAUGAGAGAAUUUCUGAGAAAGACCUGUCUUUAGAAGAUGAUUCGUCCUCAUGCUCACUGGAGCCAUUAAAGCAUGUGAGAUUCUCUGCAGUAAAGGAUGAACUUCCCCAGAGUUCUGGACUCAUUCAUGGCAGGGAAGUGGGAGAAUUUAGUGUUUUAGAAUCUGACAAGUUGAAGAAUGGAACAGAAGAGAUAGAGGACACAUAUGGAUUUCUGGAGGACCUGAAGCCCUCUCACAGAAAGCUUUUACCUUUUCAUGAGUCAAGAUCAAGUCCAAGUGUGACAAAAAAUGAAACACAACCACCUUCUGGUUCUAGUCCAAAUAAUGGAUUCCACUCUUACUCAGAAGUUCUGACUCCAAAAGCACAAUCGAUUGAGGAGUCACCCACUAGCAGUGAACACCAAGAAUUAACAAGGCUUGAAUCAAAAUUCUCCAAAAGCCCUGCUGAUGAACUGUCUCAUUGUAUUAAGCCUGAGCCAUCUCAGGUACUGGAUCACAGUUCUAGAGACCAUCAGCAAGGUAAGCUCCCUCUUCUUGAGGCUAAGACAUCCUUAUGCUCUGGUUCACAAGUCAGUGAGAUAAGGAAGACAACUGAUGAUUCCAUAUCUAAAGUCCUAGACUGGUUUAACCGAAGUUCUCAUUCAGAUGACAGUAACCCAUCCUUCCAACAUUCCCAAGGAAUAGAGACCAAAGAAAAAGCAGACUCACCAUUGAAGGAUAUUGUUGCCUUGGAGAUGGAGAAUGUCAGUCUAAAAGAAAAUGACUCAAAGGCCCUAUCACCUACCAAAGUUACAUUGAAGCCUGUGAAACCUGACUUAACAUUUCAAAGAGAGGGAGAUAUGCUGCUUUCUGAAAACUGUAAAGAUAACAACAUGAAUAGCAAAUCUGAAUCUAUGAAUUUAUCUCAACAAGGCACCGCAGGGAAAGAUCUGAGUAUACCAUUUGAAAGCUAUGAUACUUCAAGUCAAGGAAGUAAAACUAUGGACGUUAGCCAAAAUUCAAUAAGCACUGGAAAAGGAAAUGGGUCACCUGCUGCACCCAGUAAUUACUCCUGCAGCAUUCUCCAAGGAUCUGACUCUCAAGUGCAAGCUCUGUGCAACUCUAAGAAUAUUGGCAGCUUGGGCAAAGGAGAACCCAAACUUCCUGUCCAAGAAAAAAAUAGAGAAAACACCCAAGUGAAUCUUCACUCAUGGACAUUUGCCCACAAACCAAAUUUGAAGGACGAUGUGGAAGCAGAGAUAAAGAACAAAAAAGGAAAUAGUUCCAUCCUUCAGGCUUCCUUAGAGACAGAGACUAGGCAUAUGUCCCCUGGGGCUGCCCAUGGGGGAUCUCCUUGGCAAGAUGCUAGCGAGGUUCCCAAGAAGCAAGCACAAAGAGAGAAAUAUGUAAGAGUGAGUGAAAGAAUAUCUUUUUGGGAAAGAGAGAAACCUGCGGCUAACUUAACUCAUAAAGAGCCCAUACCUUCAAGUGGCCAGAAACAACCUUGUGCUGAAACAUACCAACCUUUGAAGUCACAGGGCAUGGCGACAGAUAUGAAUGAAUAUUGUCAAGUCACUGCCAAGCGAGUGGUGCUUGAUGACAAUGACCAAGUACCCCAUAUCUCCAGUGUUUGUUCCUCAAAUCAACUUGAAGAGCCCAGGCCCCAAAUACCAGAUCCAUCCAAAGACUCUCCUUCAGCUGGCCUGUCAGAAAAAUUGUCUGUGUUUCAGAAGAAGUCUGUAAAACAAUUGCCAGUUGAAGACAGUUGGUGCUCUGCAGGAGAUAGGACUUUACCAGCACUACCCAGUACCUCAAAUACUGAGAGGGAAAGACAGAUUCCUUUGGAGAAAAGUAGACUUCCAAUUGGUGAAUCAAACGCCAACUUUAAAGUGAUGUCCCUAAAGGAAAGAACAGCUGGACCCAAUACUGAGCAAGUCCAUCAUCACUCACAGUUUGAGAAUCUGAGAAAGUUUUGGGACUUAGGAGCAAACAGUAAGGAUAAUUUUGAGAACACUACAAAUCUCACAAAACCUACACUUUUGAAUGACCAGAAACACAAAGAAUUCAAUGAUACUAAAUCAUCAGGAAAAAAUGUUCAUGAAGUAGAAGCACUUUUAAACCAUAAAAACCUUAUGGCAAGACAGGAAAUGAAGAAAUUAAACUCAAAGUGCACGCUCCAGGUGCUACCAGAUGAAACCACACUUCGGCUGAAACCAUUAGGAAUGUCCACUCAUCAGUUGGCAGGAAAUGAGCUAUCCAAGGAAAAUGUGGAAAAAAAUUCAGAAUGGUUGCUCACUCCAGUGAUUAAGAAGGAAACAGAUUACUCAACUCAAGAGAUUGAAGAAUCCAUAGUGAAAAUGGGAAUUUUGUCUAUUGAUGACAAAGUCACUUUUAAUGACAGUUUAGCUCCAUUGCCUCCAAUUCAACCUUUCGAUGGACAAGUUCGUGGAAAAUAUGAACUCAAGCCAGGUAUUUCUGAAACUAGGACGUGGCCUCAAAAGGCACAUUAUUCUCUUAUUGAGGAAGACCUCAAAGAACCUAGGGAGAUCACCGCUAAAGAGCUCAUUGAAGAGCGUGUAGACAAAACAGUAGCCCCUCCAAAGUUCAAACAGGACAUUUUGGCUGCUUGUCUAGACAAACUUCUGAAAGAAGCAACUGGAGCUUCAUACUCUACCCUGCAAAGCACAUUGGAACCUAUUACCACUAGAACCAACUCUCAGCCUGAAGAAGGCAAAUUUUGUGAAGAGGGAACAAAACAAGAUCCCAAUGCUUCAGCCUAUCUGAGAGAGGUAAUAGCUCCUUUUCAAGAAGAGGAUGCCACUUUGGGAAAUGUAGCCUUCACCCAGAAGGCUGAUAGUGGUGAGUGCGAGCUCCACAGGGAAGGCUUGCUUCAAAUGGCUGAAAAAGGACCCCCUUUGCUGGAGCAGGCCUCCCCUCCUUGCAGAAAGCACUAUUUUGAGGAUGAGACUCACUCGCCAAAAGAUGUGCCUUUUACUUGGGAUGCUCAUCUGGCUCCCCAGGAUAGGGCAUUGCCCUCCCAAAAGGAAAUUUCAGAGACCAUAGAGAAAAUCAUUCUUCCAUCGACACCUGUGAUGGCUGAUGUAAAUACUACAUUACAGAGGCUAUUAAAAGAGGCUGGCCUGAGUUAUCCACCUGGAAAUGAAGCAGUUCCUGGAGGAGUGAAGGCAGAGCUUCCUGAAGGAAACUCUGUAGCAGGUAGUUUCCCAAGUCCUCUGGGAGUGGCCCCACCAAAGGUUACAGUGGACAGAGUUGUUCGUAAUUCCUCCCAAAUAGUUCCUGAUAAAGCUUGUGAAUACAGAUCUUAUUUAGCUACCCAAAUAUCUCCAUCAGAACAGCUCGUUUGCUCAUCUGUUUCCACUGUGGCUCAGAAUAACAUAGAACUACCUCAGGAAGUGGCAGAAAUGGUGAGGCAAACAAUUAUUGAACCUAGAUCAGAAUGCUGCCUUGAAUUCAGCACUGGCUUAGAAAAACUCCUGAGGGAAAAACUGAGGGAAACACUAGAAACCUCCCCAUCAACACAUGGAAAGGAUCCAGAGAUGCUUUCUUCAUCAGAGAUAAAAGGUAGUGCUGACAGGCACAUUGCUUCUGAAAUCCAUCCUGAGGAAGUGCAAGAAACAGUAGAAAAGAUCGAGGCUCCCACAAUCACUGAGAGUGCUUUUGAUACUGGGUUUGAGAAACUACUUAAAGAAGUAUCUGAAGCUCCUCUUUAUUCGCUCGAGCUGUCGGUGGAGGAAGAGGCUCCUGAGAAGGGGCCCUCACAGUCAGAGCCAUCUAGAGUCUUGGGGACAAUGCCCCAUGUUUACUGCCCAGCCUCAGGAGCCUCUAAAAUGAAGGGCAAAAUGAAUGAUCUGGAAUCCCAAGUCAAAGAGUGUGAUAAACUUGUCGGGGGAGUUGAAGCUGUGGCUGAUUUACUGGUAGAUCAUUGUGGUUCUGCAAGUGAUAUAGAGACCCCUGGAACCUCACGACUUGAGGACUAUGAAAUUGGGGCCACUAAAAUGAUAAGACCCCCAGAGGGCGGGGACAAGGAAAGUGAUAUUGCAGGGAGACAAGGGCCUUUCCAGGUGCCUGGCUUUGAAGAGGCUUCUAAAGUAAUUAGUGGGUCCAGAAAGAAGCAACCUGUCCCUCUCUGGACAAACAAAGAAAACUCUCCAAAAGCAAAUGAAGUUGAAUAUAAGAGACAAGACGAAGAGCAAGAAAAAGGCAAUUUCUCUGACUCUGACUUUUCGGAUAGAAACACCACUUCUAAUGCAGAAAGCUGGAGAAGUACUUCUAGUUCAGAAGAAGAACCCAGUCCUGUUUUGAAAACUUUGGAAAAGAGUGCUUCUAGGAAAAUGCCUUCCAAAAGUCUAGAAGACAUUUCAUCAGAUUCAUCAAAACAAGCAAAAGUAGAUAUUCUGCCAGAAGAUUUAGUGCAUAGUGCUGAAGAUGAUAAAAAAACAGAUCAGGAACCAGAAACAAAUGAAUGCAUACCAGGAAUUUCCACAGUGCCUUCACAACCGGAUAAUCAGUUUUCCUAUCCUGACAAACUCAAAAGGAUGAGCAAGUCUGUUCCAGCAUUUCUUCAAGAUGAGAGUGAUGACAGAGAAACAGACACAGCAUCAGAAAGCAGUUACCAGCUCAGCAGACACAAGAAGAGCCCGGGCUCUUUAACCAAUCUUAGCAGUUCCUCUGGCAUGACGUCCUUGUCUUCUGUGAGUGGCAGUGUGAUGAGUAUUUAUAGUGGAGACUUUGGCAAUCUGGAAGUGAAAGGACAUGUCCAGUUUGCAGUGGACUAUGUGGAGUCACUGAAGGAGCUGCACGUGUUUGUGGCCCAGUGCAAAGACUUAGCAGCAGCAGAUGUGAAGAAACAGCGCUCAGACCCAUACGUGAAGACCUACUUGUUACCAGACAAAGGCAAAAUGGGCAAGAGGAAAACACUCGUCGUGAAGAAAACCUUGAAUCCUGUGUAUAACGAGAUACUUCGGUAUAAAAUUGAAAAGCAAAUCUUAAAGACACAAAAGCUGAACCUGUCUGUUUGGCAUCGGGAUACGUUUAAACGCAAUAGUUUCCUGGGGGAGGUAGAACUUGAUUUGGAAGCCUGGGACUGGGACAACAAACAGAACACACAAUUGCGGUGGUACCCUCUGAAGCGGAAGACAGCGCCAGUUGCCCUUGAAGCAGAAAACAGAGGUGAAAUGAAGCUAGCUCUCCAGUAUGUUCCAGAGCCAACCCCUGGUAAAAAGCUUCAUAGCACUGGAGAAGUCCACAUCUGGGUAAAGGAGUGCCUUGAGCUGCCACUGCUAAGAGGAAGCCAUCUAAAUUCAUUUGUUAGAUGUACCAUCCUUCCUGAUACCAGUAGGAAAAGUCGUCAGAAGACAAGAGCUGUAGGGAAAACCACCAACCCUGUCUUCAACCAUACCAUGGUCUAUGAUGGGUUCAGGCCUGAAGAUUUGAAGGAAGCCUGUGUUGAACUCACUGUCUGGGACCAUUACAAAUUAACAAACCAGUUUUUGGGAGGUCUCCGGAUUGGCUUUGGAACAGGAAAAAGCUAUGGCACAGAAGUAGAUUGGAUGGAUUCUACUUCUGAGGAAGUUGCUCUCUGGGAGAAGAUGGUAAAUUCCCCCAACUCUUGGAUUGAAGCAACAUUGCCCCUCAGAAUGCUUUUAAUUGCCAAGAUUUCCAAAUAAGCCCAGAGCCCACAAGCUGCUCCACUGAAAAGGACUACAUGGGUGGAAGCUGACCUUGGAUGUCUCUGACAGAUUCUUGCUUCCUAUCUGCUGCCACUAAGAAAUACUACACACUUCAGUAAAGUCAGUCUGCAUGUGUUUCUUUGACUACAAAAGCCCAAGGAACUUAAAUAAUGAAAAGACCUGUGACUUAUUUGUGAUUCAGGCAUUAAAAAGAUUUGACCAAGCUAGGAAUACUGAAUUAUUGUUGUUGCUUAAAGAAAAACCUAAUUAUUAAACCCAAAUUAUUAAAUUUGGAGAUGUUUUAACCAGUAAAAUGUUCCAGUUUGCCAGCAUGUGCUUCAUAUCACAAUCUUGAAUUACAAUGAAGGCCUCUGACUCAAUUAGAUUCUUGCAGAAUUUACCAAAUUAGUAGUUGUAGAAAAAAGCAACAGAAACACAGUCCUGGGUUAGUGGCAGAGAAGGAGAACUUCAGUGAUGUCAGCAAACCACACAAAUAACUGUUUACUCUGUAAUUACUAAUAAAUACUGAAGUCUACGUUAGAACAAGACUGGACUGACUGCAGACUUCUGUCUUAAGAGAACUUGCACUUUUCCUCCGUCUCAAAUGUACUUUGGUGCCACCCACUGGCUAUAAAUGGAAUUCAAUUCUUGGCUUAUUUUGGUUUACUUCUCUUUUUAAAAAGUAAGUCUUCAGCCUGCAUUUUGCAAUAAAGUAUGUUAAAUACAAAAUGGGACUAUCUUACAUAUAUAUGAUUGCUUUUCUCAUAAGUUUAUUAUAUGAAGAAGCAUAAAAGUUGCCACAUCUAAACUUCACAAAGUUUUAAUUAAAAUAAAAACCAUUUAAUUUUACUGUACUUUCUGUGGAUACAUAAUUUCAUAAAGUAUUUUGUAAAACUCUUAGAAUAAAUUAUCAUCUUAC